AGAUGCUCCCCAUCAUUAACCAGUAUGCAGAUGUGUUGGUGAGAAACAUGAGGCAUGGAUCAGAGAAUGGGAAUUCCAUCUCCAUGAAAGACAUUUUUGGGGCCUACAGCAUGGAUGUGAUCACUGCCACAUCAUUUGGUGUGAAUGUUGAUUCCCUCAACAAUCCACAGGAUCCUUUUGUGGAAAAAAUAAAGAAGAUCUUAAAAUUUGAUAUCUUUGAUCCAUUGUUCCUCAUAGUGACACUCUUUCCAUUCCUUAUUCCAAUAUUUGAUGCGUUAAAUAUCUGCUUGUUUCCAAAAGAUGUUAUAAGCUUUUUUAAAACUUCUGUACAGCGAAUGAAGGAGGAUCGCAUUCAAGAUAAAGCAAAGCAAAGAGUGGAUUUUCUUCAGCUGAUGAUAAACUCCCAGAGUUCCAACAUCAAGGAGUCUCAUAAAGCUUUAUCCGAUCUGGAGAUUGUGGCUCAGUCUAUUAUUUUUAUUUUUGCUGGCUAUGAGACCACCAGCAGCGCUCUUUCCUUUGCUUUGUAUUUACUGGCCACUCACCCUGACGUCCAGAAGAAACUGCAGGAUGAAAUUGAUGCAGCUCUGCCCAAUAAGGCACCUGCCACCUAUGAUACCCUGGUCCAGAUGGAGUAUCUGGACAUGGUAGUGGAUGAAACUCUCAGAUUAUAUCCAAUUGCUGGAAGACUUGAGAGGGUCUGUAAGAAAGAUGUUGAAAUCAAUGGGGUGCUCAUUCCCAAAGGGACUGUGAUGAUGGUACCAACCUUUGCUCUUCACAGAGACCCAAAGCAUUGGCCAGAGCCUGAGGAGUUCCACCCCGAAAGGUUCAGCAAGAAAAAUCAGGGUAGCAUUAAUCCUUACACAUACCUGCCCUUUGGGGAUGGACCCAGAAACUGCAUUGGCAUGAGGUUUGCGCUCAUGAACAUGAAACUUGCUCUUGUCAGAGUCCUGCAGAACUUCUCCUUCCAGCCUUGCAAGGAAACUCAGAUCCCUUUAAAAAUAGGCAAGCAAGGACUUCUUCAACCAGAAAAACCAAUCCUUCUAAAGGUUGUGUCAAGAGAUGAGACUGUAAGUGGAGCUUGAUGUCUGUUAUGGUGCUGCAUCCCACUGGACCAGAAACCAAUUCAGAUUGUGAAUAAAUUCAAAGAUGAAGACUGUGGUAACCUUGUACACUCAUGCAGGAUUCUGGGUGUUCAUUGAGCUUGUCAUGGAACAUAAGGAUGUGAUAACACCAAUCUAAGAUAGAUAUGUUCAACUCCCUAGUUCUUGUGGGACUGUCUAUUUCUACUUCAUUGUCACCACCAAAUCCCCUGAUUUAUGAUGAUAAAAUAAACACCAAUUACUAGUUUUAUCAACAA